ACGCACACAUACACACAUAUACACACACAUACACACAUCCAUUCUCUCCUUUUCAUCGUUGCUCCUGCGGCAAAAAAAGUAAAGUAAAAACGUGCGCGCAUCGACCACUACAAAUCUCGCGAGCGUGGCUCAUAAUUCCAUAAAUUUCAUUGGGUUCAAACAUCGACACGCGCGUAUCAUCAAGAUCCCUCUCUUCUUCGUUCGUCCUUCCUUCGUCACUCCCACUCGCACUCGUUGUAACGUUACACUCUGGCCACCAUACCAAGUCUCUCCCCACUCCGACAACUCUUGCCACUGCUCGUGAUGAUUCCCCUUCCGUCCGCUGACCGAUAAGCCGCUCCACUGUCACGGUCGAAGAAGAAAGAAGAGGGAUACGAAGCGCGCUGCCAGCUGUUGUUCCACCGAACACUGUCGUCAGCAUUUUCAUCUCGGCUUUUGAUCCACUUUCUUCGGGGAUUCUGACGACCCGGAAACACGGAGUAUGUCGCUGAUUUCCAAUUGUUUUCGACGGCUCACCGGGGAGACACCGUCCAAGAACGAGCUGAACGGCUACAAGGUCACCGAUGUGAACCGCAUACGAAAAGUCGGCGUCGCCUGCAGAAGCCUUCAGGAGUUGAAGCGUAAAGCUUGCGCGAAACUGAACGUGACAAACGACCCAGCCGAGAUCAACAUCUACCUCCUCGACGGUUCGUUGAUCGACGAGGAGGAAUAUUUUUCCACGUUGAAACCCCAGACGACGCUGAUCCUGCAAAAACCUGGCGAGAAAGUGUUGUCAGAUGCGGAUCUCCUGUACGACACGUUGAGGCGUGUCAAUAUCGAUUUUCUGAUCGCCGGCGAGAAAGCGUCCGAAUUCCUCGCCGAGAACCUUAAGGCAAAGGUUGCAGUCCUGAACACAGCUUUGAACAAAGACGACUCGAAAACGGCGUUCAGCAGCAGGGACGAGCACCCAGACUGGUUCCAGGGACUGGAGACCAACUGCGCGACUAAGGAGGCGUAUUUGCACCGUAGAUGUCAGGACAGGAUACGCGGCUACCUGUACAAAACGAUCGAUCAGAUCAAAUCGUCCGACGUGUUCUCGAAAGAUCCACGUGCCAGGAAGCAGCUUCUGUACGCGAUAGCGUUCUUCAAGAUGCAACUGAAGGAGGACCAUUAUUUCGGCUACUACUUCGACAGGAGUCGGGCGAAGAUGGGAUCGUUGGAGAACAGGGAUGAGCGCGACUCGUCGUUGAGCUGUUACGAUCAUUGCCCGUGCGGGCUGAAGUGGUUGGACGACAGCACGUAUUUCCGUUUGUUCGGCCAGCCUUGCGACGACGUUGACGCAGCGAAGAGGAGAAACGAGAGGAACACUGGUGGCGCGAAGAGCGAGGAGGAGGAGGCGGAGGAGACAUGCCCGUAUAAGAUCAGGAGGACGGGGGAGGACACGUGUGUAGCUUUGUGCGACCAGGCGGGCGAGUUUAAGUGUUAUGGCGUGUGGAACGAGGAGAAGUGCCUUUACGGGGACAGGCACAAGAUCAAUCCUUAUAGGUCGAGGGAGGAGCUUAUUUUGUUCUCUACAUGGAAUUUUGAUCAUAAGAUCGAGAGGUCCAGGACAUUAAUCCCGCUGCUUCUGAAACUGGCGACACAAGGUACAGCCAACGAGAUGGAUCUCUUCGAAAUCUACGACAAUCUAUUUACGGUGAAGAACCUGAGGCUGGUUCACAUCGUGUGCCAUGAUAAAGGCUCGCACAAAUAAUUAGUAAUUAUGGAAGAGUUAAUGUAUAAUUGAUUAAUUACGAUAUUCCAAUGAGGGAAAUCACUAUCAUAAAACUACGUAAUAAUAAUACGUGGAACAACCUCUGAACGUAAAUGUAACUCUUCGUGUGAAAUACGUAUAUUUACUUAUAUAAAACUGCUGUUGAUAGUUGAAAAAAUUAAAAAAAUUUAUCACGUAUAUAUUAUAGUGAUUCCGUUGCGCCACAUACGUGACAAGCAAUAUACCGAUCGAAGAAACUUUCUUCUUUCUAUGAUAGAUUAAGUCGAAGUUUCCUACAUUGCAAAACAUUUUCUAUUAUCCACCGUGGAACCGUGCACGAUAGAAUCAGUCCGAUUAAAAGAAAGAAAAAGUUUUAAAAAUCGCAUUUGAGAUCACGGAUGUUCACAGUAUUGUGAAUUGAAAACCUGUACUUGAAAUACUUGUCCAUUUCUUCACUUUACAAAGGAGAAAUAUAACUUGUCUUAGCCGAUAAAAUAGAAACACGUAAUUAUAUGCACGGUUGAUAAUACAGACAGACGAGUCCUCAAGAGAUAAGUUAAAAUACUAUACUAUCGACGCGAGAACUUUUUUAACACGUUUUUAAUACAUCUUUAUGCAUCUUAACGACUGUCACAACUUUCUAUCGAAUAAGUGUAAUAACGAAAUGACGUUUUUCCUUCUUCAGCACAAAUCUGAGCUUCCUUUUCGGGAAGAUUUACGAUUUAUUGUAUACAGGGUUGGGCGCAACGGAAUAAUCGAGAUUAAAAACCAAUAUUUUCCAAUCUAUGGAUCACAAUCCCUAA